GGUAAAACCACGAAAAAAGAGACACAGAGGUCCAGUAAUGUGCCCAAAGCCACUAUGCAAGUCUUUGGUGGAAGCAAGCUUUCUUCCCUGCCUGACCCUAGAUCGCCCCUUUAUUGCUAUUUUGUGUCCCUUCAUUAAGGAAGAGUCCACAUCCCUAACCCUUCUACAAAUAGUGCUCCUUUGAAAUGAUACUGGCUACUGAAAUCCAUUUCUAACUCAUGGAAGAAUAGCUCUUUGGAGGUAGAUGAGGAAUUGUGGAAGUGUUUACAGGAGCUAUUGCAGCUUUUAUAAAUGUAGUUAAUUCCCAUAACCCCAGACCCCAUACAAAUGCAGAUCUGUUAAGUACCCUUCUCAUUUUCCUCCUUCUUACCCCACUGGGACAAAUAGGUGAGAGCCAUUCCCACUUCACAAAGGAGGAAAUAAAGUUAAGGAGUUAAAUAACCUGCCCUAGACACUAGCCUUGAGCCUUAGUAUUCUCCCUGGGAGUCUGGGUGACACAUUAAAUGCCCUACCAGGACACUGCUGGGAAGGGCAGUGGCCCUAACAGUAGAGAGCUUUGAGGAGGGACCCAGCAAGGAGGCACUGUCAAACAGCCUAUCACACAAUCCAGGUGGGAAGCAGCAGAUGAUUAAUUACAGUGUACACCCAGAUAAAGCUGACAAGACAUUGGGAUGCUGCCUUUACUUGGGACUGAUAGCUGAAGGAUCCAGAAGGGGAAUCUCGGCCCUGAGGAUGCUGGUGCAGGGAUUCUGAAGGCCCAGUUGGGUUUGGCAGGACCCAGAGUGGACCAGUGACUGAUCAGAUGGAGUGGGAGCAGAUACUGGGAAGACAAGGCUACUUAAUCGCCUGUUCAAAGCUGGGGCCUGAAGUAGGUAGAGGAAGAAAACUACAACUCCCAGAAGUCCCUGUUCCCCUCCGAGUCAAGGACAGUUGCCAUGGUUUCAGAAAACAAUAUGGCUGCUCCCAGCGGGGAGGAGAGUUCCCCGGUUAGAGAGGCAGAGGCGGGUCUGGGCGCCCUCGGUGGCGAAAGAAGAGACGCCUGAGAGAGAUCGUGCGAUUUGGGGCUGACGCUACACGGCUGGAACGGGCUGGCCUUGCUGGGGGGCCAAUGGCAGGCAGCGUGGACGAGGAGGCGUUGCACCAGCUGUACCUGUGGGUAGACAACAUCCCCCUGUCCCGGCCCAAGCGAAAUCUCUCCAGGGACUUCAGUGAUGGAGUCCUGGUUGCAGAAGUUAUCAAGUUUUACUUCCCCAAGAUGGUGGAGAUGCACAAUUAUGUCCCUGCCAACUCUCUCCAACAGAAGCUUAGCAACUGGGGUCACCUAAACAGGAAGGUGCUGAACAAGCUGAACUUCUCGGUACCGGAGGACGUGAUGCGCAAGAUCGCGCAAUGCGCUCCAGGCGUGGUGGAGUUAGUGCUCAUUCCGCUGAAGCAGCGCCUGGAGGAGCGCCAGAGGCGCAGGAAGCAGGGCGCGGGCUCCUUACAGGAGCUGGCUCCCCAGGAUGGCACUGGCUACAUGGAUGUGGGUUUGUCCCAGAAGGCCCGAGGGGAAGGUGCCCAGGACCCCCAGGGAGGAGGGCAGCUCAGGGGGGACCGGCUGCCCGCGCCCCGACCUCCUGGAUAUAGUCAGGCACUGCAGGGCGACCCAAGCUUCGUCCUCCAGAUCGCUGAAAAGGAGCAGGAGCUGUUAGCCUCGCAGGAGACUGUGCAGGUCCUGCAGAUGAAGGUGAGGCGCUUGGAGCACUUGCUCCAGCUCAAGAACGUGCGCAUCGACGACCUCUCCCGGCGGCUCCAGCAGGCAGAGCGUAAGCAGCGGUGAGCGGCGGCCUGGGCCGCGCUGGGACACCCCAGUAACCGCCAGAGCCGGAACGCCGAGACCGACGCACCCACCCACGCACCCAACGAAGGACAGACUGACCAACGCUCGGGCCGAGCCAGCAGCUCCAAUGAGCCUCCAGGGGCGCCAGCACACGCAUCCCUUGCGGUGGGGAUGAAUGUUGGGGGGCAGUGAGGCAGGACCCCUCAGAACGGAGACCCCCGGACUGAGCCACCUCCUUACACUCCAUUCGGGUCAGGAGAAUGGAUCGCUUUCCAGAACCUAGAAGCCACGUGCAGAGACCUGGCAUGCUCCCCAAAGCAGUUCCCUACACCAGGGGCCCCACCUUGGUGCUCCCUGCUCUGGGCCUUAGGGGGCAGUGUCCCGGCUCGGUGCACACCCCUAGGUCCCCGCCGAGCUCUGAGGACAGCUGCGUCUCCAUCCAGGCUAGUUCACUCUGCGCUCGGGACCGCAGAGGAAGCUGCCCCAGGCAGCCGAGGGAGCCGCUUCCCUCUCCUGCGCCCUCACCUGGGACCCCGC